CUAAAGCAGUUUGGUAUCAUCUGCAAAUUUUGCCACCUCGCUGUUUACCCCUUUCUCUGAUCAUUUAUAAAUAAGUCGACUAGGAUUGGCCCCAGCACAGACCCUUGGGGGACCCCAGUAGUUACCUCUUUCUACUCUGAAAGCUUACCAUUUAUUCCUACCCUUUGUUUCAUGUCUUUUAACCAGUUAUCAAUCCAUGAAAGGACCUUACCUCUUAUCCUAUGAUAACUUACUUUACUUAAGAGUGUUUGGUGAGAGACCUUGUCAAAGGCUUUCUGAAAAUCUAAGAAUACUAUAUCCACUGGAUCCCCCUUGUCCACGUUUAUUGACCCCUCAAAGAACUCUAGUAGUGGGAUCAGAUUUGAAACAUUUGGUGAGGUUUUGAAACAUGGGCCCUAGACUGUCAUACCUCCCCCACCUCCACCUUUAUUUCUGGUUUAAGCUGGCAUGACUUCUUACAAGAGUGAGAAAGUUGAGUCUGCUCCCUGGAAUGGAUUAUUCAGUUGACCCUUUUUGGUGCAGAGGAUUGGGCUUCUGCAUGCCUCUCUCUGUUUUCCUGGGAAAAACAAUAGUGGCAAUGUAUAGACUGAACUGGCAUUAUAAAAAGAAUAUGUGGUAAUUAACCAUGAAAAGCUGUUUUUAUCAUUUUGAGGGGCAAAAACAGUCAUACUUGCCACUAAAAAUCUACAUUUGACUAUAGAUUGGAAAUCUUGAAUCCCUUUAAACAUUCAUCUGUAUUAAAAAGAGAAUAAAAGAAAAGAUUUUGCAGUUCAUGACUAACUCACCAGCCAGUGUUACAUUUUCAUUACUUUAAAAUUCUUAUGAUCACAGUGUUCUCCAUGGAACCUUCUGCUCAAGCUGGUUUCAGGCUGGUCUGGUAUUGUUUUGGUUGUUAAUUUCCACACUUGUACUUUGCUCGAAAUCAAGCCAGCUAAAACAGCCACAUUUGCAACAGUUUGCUAAAUCUUCUGUUACCUAUUUUGUUCAAGGAAAAUGUCAUCAAAUUUUUUUCUAAAAAGUACAAAAUGUUGGGCUAAGAAUAUAUACUUGAAUUACUUACUCAUUGCUUAGAUGCCAUGGAAAUAAGAGCUAUACAAAAAACAUAAGCAAAUAAAAAGUAACAACAGCUUUUUGCGAACUCCCGUAUGCUGAAGUUGUGAAAAUUCAAAUUAACUUGAUUUGUUAGUUAUCUGAGUAAAACACAUGGAGACCAAGAAGUGGAAGGAAUAAUUGCACUGUGUAUUCAAAUAUAACACCCAUACUUCAUCAGUUUUAGAAAAUCUCUUUUCCCCAUUAAUAAGAAUAUUAAAUCUUUGAAUUAGUGGAAUGUAAAAACCAACAGCAGAAAAAAGAGUCACAUAAAAAUGAAACAAAAUCAACAUUCUGAAACAGUCAACAGUCUGUCCUUUUUCCCUAGUAAGAUUUCAAGUUUUCAUCCAUUGUACAAAAAACAGUAUAUUCAGAUAGAAGUCUUUAACAUUGUACUUGUUUCCUAAUGAGAGAGAAACUUUGUACAGUAAUAAUUUUAUUUCCAUUUUGGCACAUUAUCUGGUGGAGUGGUAUAACAGUUUUCAAGAGGCCUUUUUAAAGGACAGUUCUGGGUGAAGAGCCUAAUUUGCAAGACUGGACUAAAAAAGCUAUCCCUGUUUAACCAGGUCAUAGAAAGAACAAAAUCUUUGUGCUCAAAAUGGAUGUUUACAGAGAUUGUGAGAAGAGAGGAUUGUACAAAUGGCAUCAUAUCUUUUUAUAGGGUUUGGGAUCAAAAUGACUGGAAAGAGAAAAAAGAAAAUUAAUAUUUCCAUCAAUCCUGAGAUGCCUCAGCCUGAAGUGAAUGACACUGACGUGAGACAAGACAAUCCAGAAAAACUGAGCUGUCAUACAUCGUGCGAAUCCCUAUUAUCAUAUGGAAGUGGAUUCAACAAUUUUCAAGGCAUUUUUAACUGGUCUGUAGUCCUGUUGGUCCUCACUCAUGUUCACAUGAGCCUGGAGAAUUUCAUCAGGUAUGGACUGUUAUUCGACCCUGUCAAGAUAAUUUCAGUUUUCCUGAAAGACCCCUAUAAGUGGCCAGCAGUAUAUCUCAUUGCUGCCUCUGUUUUGUUUGCACUUCCUGCAGUUUUUAUAGAAAGGUAUUUAAGAAAGGUUCGUGGCUCUGAAAGCAUCGGUUUGGUGUUGCAAUCACUUAACCUGUUUUUAUUGGUAACAUUCCCAGCUGUCAUGGUUUAUAGAAUGCAAGCCAUAACUCCAGCUGGAGGGUUGCUGACCAUGUUUGUGUAUAUCAUCAUUGCCCUGAAACUGUUCUCCUACUAUCAGGUGAAUCGCUGGUACAGGGAGGGAACCCCCAGACCAGUCAGAGGAACUUCUAGAAUGCAAGCAGCAGAUUCCUCAACCCAUCAGUCCAGAAGGAACGAAAGAGGACAGUCAAAGCAGAUCAUGUACCCAAUGAACCUGAAAGUAAAAGAUCUGUAUUACUUCCUGCUAGCCCCCACGCUUUGCUACCAGCUAAAUUUCCCAAGACAAAAGCAUUGCCGGCAAGGCUAUAUCAUUAGAAGAUUCAUUGAAAUGAUUUUUCUCUUUCAUCUCAUGCUGGGGCUAAUACAGCAGUGGAUUGUACCCAAUAUACAUAAAUCAAUGAAGCCCAUAAAUGAAAUAGAGUCUACCCUGCUCACUGAAUACAUCUUAAAACUAGCGGUGCCCAAUCAUUUCAUCUGGCUGAUCUUUUUUUAUUGGUAUUUUCACUCCUGCCUCAACUGCCUUGCGGAACUGCUCCGAUUUGGUGACCGGCAAUUUUAUCUAGACUGGUGGAAUGCAGACUCCGUCCUACAGUUCUGGUCCAGAUGGAAUAUCCCAGCCCAUAGAUGGCUAGACAGGCACAUAUACAGGCCCUUGCUGCAUCACGGCUAUGACAAGUGGCAGGCCCGCAUGACAGUAUUCCUGCUCUCUGCAUGUUUCUAUGAGUAUCUAAUUGCCAUCCCACUGAAGAUGUUCCGGUUUUGGAUGUUUUUUGCUAUGGCAGCCCAGGUCCCCCUGGCUUGUCUAAUGAAAAAGCUUUUUGGUGGUAAUUUUGGCAACAUCCUCGUGUGGAUCAGUCUGGUCCUGGGUCCUCCCCUCAUGGUGCUCUUGUAUUUUCAUGACUAUUACAUCCAGCACCAUCGGCGGGAUUCAAGCUGGAGGCUGUUUUUUUUCUAAUCGGCCCCAGUCCUAGUUCCCUAGCACUCUGGCUGUAUGUGCGACAGAGGCACCAAUGGAGCCAACCUUUUCUUUAAGAUGGGAGGGAUGGCCAGGCCUGCAAUGCUCCAUCCGGCCAGGAGGCUGGAGAUGGAGUGUUGCAUGCUGGUCUCCCCCCAUACUGAAGAGGCAGGAGUGCAGAACUUUGUGGGCCACGUGUGUUUGUUUACUUUGCCCCCCUCUGGCCCCUUUGUCUCGUCAAUGGAAAGUUGCUCGUUGGCUCCUGAAGGACUUGACUUGAGAAAUAUCUGCACAAGGUCCCACCACAGCUCUGGAGAUAAAUAUACUUUGUACUGUCUCUCUGUUCCUAUUAAAAUACUGCUGUUUCUGGUAACAUCCUGCCUGGGAAAUGAAUGUAAGAAUCCGGUAAAACCUAAGACUGUUUCCUCGCUUUUUGCGUCCAGUGAUUUAAAGGGAAGAGUUGAAGUAAUGAGGCAAUAAUGUCAAUUGAACAAAAGGGGCCCCCGUGGCUAGAUACAUGGGAAAGUGAAGCCAAGACAUUUUUGUUUGCAGCAGGAAACACUGAAGUUUAUUAACAUCAUUCUCUCUCUUUUAUCCCACGUGACUGCUCCAGAGCAGGUAUAAUUAUUUUGGGCUUAGCUUGGUCACUCUCACUUGUACAAACACUUCCCUAGCUCCUCAGAUGGGCCCAGGAAACUCGGAGGGACUGCUUGCAGGAUGCUGUUCGACUCAGUGAAAUGAGGGUGGCAGCUUUGGGCCCAGUGUAUGCAGUAGCGGAGUGGCAUUGCUAAUGAAUGACUAGUUUCUGAGUGCUUUCUCAUUGCCAUAAUCAGCCCAACGGUUGCUCCCGCCACUGUAUUCUCUUGACAAAGGAGUUGUCUGUUGCUCUUUGGAGGCAGUGAGGUGGGUGGAGCUAGAAAGCUGCCAUUUGGCAAGGAAGUAGCCCUGAGGCCAGCAAGGGGCCUGGCGGUGUUCUGGAGAAUCCCUUUGAAUGUGGCAUGGGUGGAGGCUUUGAGCAGUGGAUGGUUUUACCCAGACAUGUUUAACAAACAUCACCUGACACACUAUAGGGAGUUAGUUUUCACAGACAUGCCCAUGGCUCUACAAUGCAAUAAACCAUCCCUACUCAGGAAAGCACGUAACUGAACUUUACAACUUGUACUUGUUUAAGUACUUCCCUGAAUGAGGCAGGACUAGUCUGACCCUGCUUGGCUUCAUUCAUGGUAUUCCUUGCUGCACUGUGUAGUAAGGCCACCGUUUUAUACCUGUGUGUCGACAGGCACCUGAAUCCGGGUGUGUUUAUCAUUCUGCUUAUUACCGUCGCGCCUGGACCUUCCAGUUGUGGACCAACACCCCAUCAUGCUGGGUACUGCUGUAUACACAGCACAAAAAGACAGCCCCAGCCCUAAGGGGUGUACAGUCUACAGCAAGAGCAGCAGCUGGCCGCAGGCAGGAGAGCACAAGGAAACAGAGACAGCAUUGAUUGGCAUGAUGGGCUGGGGUCUUAGCACAACAGCAGGCUACAUGAGCCUACUUUGGCACCUAAAUUAGCAGCUUGAUUUUCAGGCAUCCAUUGCCAACAGUCAGAUUCCUUCAAUUAGGUUUGCUUGAACUGUACAUUUUUGGGGCAGGGAGUUAGUUUCUCCAAAACACAGUGCCGGGUGAGGACAGCCAGCCCGGUCCGUUGUGCUGGGAGAGAGAUGUUCGGGGAACAGGACACUCCGUGAACAGUGAGGAUGAAGAGGGUUUCUUGGAAAGCCGUGAUUACAAUCAGUGCAUUUAUUUCUAACCAGUGUAACACUAAAUAUAGUGACCCUCUUCCGCCGGAGACAGUCAGUGAGCUGGGAGGGGUGGGAAGCCACAGAGCUGGGGUACUGCAUGCAGCCUUCCUCUUGGCUUCUGUUUGAAGAAGUUAUUUAAACGGAAAGUCUCGCCACUUCCUUGCUCGCUGGGCACUGUCCCGCUGUGUCCUGGAUGGGGUGGGAGUCUGAAGCAGUGACAGUCCAGAAGUGUUUAAGACGGUGUUUCUCACCAUGCCGCUUCCCACGGCUCCUCUUGGCGGGAAAUGGUGAACCAGGGUCAAUGGGAGCCGUGAGGCUCCGUGGUUACGGACUCUUGAGGUAAACCAAGUGAUGUGGGUCUGCUAGCAGCUUUCCCAGCGCGGGUCCGGGCCCGCUGUGAGAAACACAGUGCAGAGGUUGGGAACUUUGCUGUCUCCCGUACGUCACUCUGCAGUCCUGUUACACAGGUUUUUGUAAGGACUCUAGAUGUGUAAAAAGAACCAUUUGUACAUUUCACGCACUUCCACGGAGAGGUUAAAAUAUACAGGGUCUGACCUUCAGAGGGGCUGAACCUCAGUAGCUCCCAUCAACUUCUGUACCACCACAAAUCAGGCCCAGGAAAGGGCCCUUGGCAGGGAGGAAGGGGGGCAGCUAGAAGCAGUUAAAGGCCAAGGAGGGCCCAUUAUUUAUCUUGACCCCUCGCCUUCUGCAAGGAGAGUUUAGAGGGUCCAGCUGCUCUAUCGUUAUUGAUGCUGAUGAUUAUUUCUCUCUCCACUGUGACUAGCUUUUGUUCUCUGGCCCUUUUUCCUCUUCCUGUCCUCUUUU